UUUAAAGUUUAGAGCUGGGUGGGGUCACCAAUUCCGGUCCUCGAGGGCCCCUUAUCUGGCAGGUUUUAGAUUUCCCCCCCCCCCAACAUCGUACCUGAUUCAAAUGAUCUGGAUGGUGAGCAAGUCAUAGAGGGGUGACGUGCAGAUCAGCGAGCUCCUCCUCAAGCAUGAUGUGGAGCACGACCUCGAUGCGAUAUGCUGCAGGGAGGCCGUUUGACACCUCAGGAGGGGCGUGGAUUGCACUUCCUCUGUCACAACCAGACUCCCUCCGAACAUCACCAGCACCUCCUCAGCAGUUCUGCACCGUAAAAUGAAUCGACAGUGGAUUCGUCUCCUGGCAACGCUCUUGUUUUGCAGCAAGUUAAGUGGAGGAGCUGUUAGAGUGGAGAAAAGCAAAGAAAGGCUGAGGGUUGAAUUGAAUUGCCAGCCCCCUGAGGUUAUGGCCACAACUGUGUGGUUUCGAGUAAUGGACAAAUCCGGCAUUGAAUUCCUGGCAACUUUCUCGACCAGUGGCAUGGUGAAGUCACAAAGUAACUCCUUCACAUCCAUCUUCAGUGACAUAAAAAUCCGCGACAACGUCCUCACUAUAACGUCCUUCAACAAAGGUCGUGACAGCGGCAUUUACAGUUGUGCGUCUAUGAAAGACAACAAAUUGUAUUUUGGUGACAUCACACGAUUGGUGGGAGAUGACGCUGCGCCCCCCCCAGUCACAUACAAUCCAUCCGCAACCACCAAACCCUGUUCAUGUGAGAACGCGACUAUGCAAGAUGAGUUCCUAUUAUGUAAUUCCGUCAUACUGAUUCCACUAGCGGGCAGUUGUGGCCUUCUGCUUCUGCUCAUCCUCAUUAUAAUAGUGUACUGCAAUCGCAUGAGAACACGGAGGUGCCCACAUCAUUAUAAAAAGAGGCCGCUGAAGAAAAUGGCUCCUGGGAAACAACAGCCGCAGCAGCAGCACACUUUGUACACGUCUGUGAACGUUCAAACGUGCUGACUUGAUAUAUUUCCCAAAAUGUUACUGAAGUACAGCUCCCUUCAGCGUACCUCAGUUUUAGCGGCAAUGAGACGUUCCCAUUUCUUUUUUUUGCAAUGAAUCAACUGAAUUCAUUUUUAGUUUUUGGACUCAAUAUGUUGCCGUAAACAUAGUGAGUUGUAGGCCUAUUAAUGAAUGUUCAACAUGUACAGCGCCCAAAAAUAUUUUGUCAUUCGGGUGAAUGUUUAGCCAGUGAUUGGAGUCAAGUUUUGAAUGUUUUUUUUUUCUAUGUUUCUCAAAUAAAAUGUUCAUAAUAUUGGACAGAGUAGUACUGUUAGAAAAAUGUCUUACAUUGGAGAUCAUUACUGGUUUUUGUAAGUUUAUCGUUUUUGAUUUACAAAUAUCCAAUUGGUAAGGAAUUUUUACUUGCAUUUUUUUGUUAGAUUUUUUUUUCAUUCUAGGUUAUUACUAAUGUGUUUGAAAUCUAAGUGCACGGUAUUUUAGAAUUCUUACGUUUGCGAGAGUCGGAUUUAAAAUCAAAGCGCAUUUAGACAUUUUAAAUGAGCCGUUUGUAUCGAUGCAUGUUUUUGUCAUUCGAAUUUUUAAUUCAACAGAAACACUCAUUUGUGCGCUACGUGCACAUUAUUUUAGAGUUCCCAAAUGAGUACUAUGAAAAAUGAAAACAGCACUCAUUUGAAUUUCAAUUAAUUAUUCGUCUUUAUUUGUGUUCAUUGUCUUGUAAAUUUAUCAUUUCAACAAACCCACUCAUUUGCACCAUCAGUCAUUCAGGAUCUUGGCGAAAAGAUUUUAUCUCUAAAUAUAUAUAUCUAUA